GUAAAAAGCAUCACGAUUGGUGGAUGCGGACAGAAGAAACAUAAAACCCCAGAGCGUAUCUAUUGCACUCCGGACGCAACGCGACAAACGCGAAUGAAUCCAGCGCGUGCUUUCGGUCAUCAGUGAAGAACUGAAAUAGAAAAAAAACUCUUGAACUACAGCGAAAACAUCCACAGCCACACAAGAGGCUAAAAGUACACAAUGGUCGCUGGCGAUAUGUGUCUCUCAGACAAGCUUAGCGCAACGUCGCUUGCGUGACAGCUCGCUGGCCAAUAGGAACCUCCAGCGGCCCAGCUGCGCUCAGACGCGUCCAAUGGCGAACGGCAGAAUACGGGCCUAAACGCAAGUUAGGCUGUUGUUGCAGGCGGCCAGCGCUAAACUUCACCAAAUAAUAGCUGUUUGUAUUUUGGCUGCCGCAGUAGCCAUUUUAGAGGCAGACAGAAAGAUCAAGAAAAAAUGAAAAUACAAAAGAAGGACAAGCAGAUGUCUGCCACCCAUGGACUAAAGCACACUCCAUCAGCUGCUGCCGCAAAUGCCUCUGACCAAAACGCACAAACUACAUUUCCCAUCGGCCACUUGGGCAAAGAACAGUUACGGAUCAUCGGAGGGCCGCCCAAUCACUGCAUGACUCACCCAAAGCACUCUGGGUUACGGGAGGCAGGGCCUGCGGCCAGCAGUCAUAGUCUCCGCCCUUUAUCAAUCAACAGUGAGGAGGAUGAUGGAGGGGGCGGGACCAGGGUGAAGAAGAAACGAAGGAAAAAAGACAAAAAAGAGGCAGAGUGGCAAAAAGAUGAAGAGAGCAACGCUAAACCAAAGAGAAGGGAGCAAAAGGAAGGGAAGGAGCUUCUUCCGAGAAAGACAAAGGUGGCGAAGGAACAAAAGGAUCAUAAGAAGAGGGAGCCAAAAGCCCAAAAAGAGGUCAAAAAAGUUAGGAAAGGUCAAGAUGUGAAAGUGAAAAUACAGGCCAAGAACACUGCAACACAUCUGCCCUCCAAAAGAGGGAGGAAGCCAAAAGAGCAGAGUGCCAUGCCUCCGGAGAAGAAGAAGAAGGGAAAGAGGAAAAGUGAUGCUGUACUUGAGAUGGUGGAAAGUGAUGACACAACCUCUCUCAGCACGCUCGCCACUGGCGGUGAGGAAAGCAUCGACCCUAUUGAUAACACUAAGAGGCGAUCAGGGCGUCAAGUGAAGCGACGGAAGUAUAACGAAGAUCUUGAUUUCAAGGUCGUGGAUGAUGACGGGGAGACCAUCGCCGUGUUGGGCCCGGGCCGAAUUGCUGCCAUGUCUUCCUCCACCCUCGCCUGGCAGGCUGAGGAACCCCCUGAAGAUGAGGCUAAUAUCAUUGAGAAAAUACUCUCAGUGCGAACGGUCAAGAAAGAGACAUCCCCUGACGAACCACCAGAAGAGAUGGAGGAGUUUUACGUCAAGUACAGAAAUUUCUCCUAUCUGCACUGUAAAUGGGCGACCUUGGAGGAACUGGAGAAGGACCCACGCAUUAGCCAAAAAAUCAAGCGUUUCAGAAACAAGCAAGCGCAAAUGAAGCACAUUUUCACAGAGCUGGAUGAAGACCUGUUUAAUCCAGAUUAUAUUGAAGUUGAUCGGGUUUUAGAGAUCGCUAUCACCACAGAUACAGAAACAGGAGAGGAAGUUACACACUACCUGGUGAAAUGGUGCUCUUUGUCAUAUGAGGAGAGCACUUGGGAGCUUCAGGAAGAUGUUGACCCUGUGAAAAUCAGAGAGUUUGAAGAACUGAAGGAAAUUCCAGAAAUCAAGCAUGUGGAAAGGCCUCUGCCUGAACAGUGGCAAAAGCUGGAGAAGACCAGAGAGUACAGGAAUGGGAACCAGCUGCGAGAAUACCAGUUAGAGGGGAUGAACUGGCUCCUUUUCAACUGGUACAACAGGAAAAACUGUAUUCUGGCUGAUGAGAUGGGGCUGGGGAAGACCAUCCAGUCCAUCACGUUUCUCUAUGAGAUUUACCUCAUGGGUCUGAGAGGACCCUUCCUCAUCAUCGCCCCGCUCUCCACCAUCACCAACUGGGAGAGAGAGUUCCGCACAUGGACUGAAAUGAACGCCAUCGUCUAUCACGGCAGCCAGAUCAGUCGGCAGAUGAUCCUGCAGUACGAGAUGUACCACCGAGAUGAACAGGGAAACACUGUGUCUGGCCAGUUUAAGUUUCAUGGCAUCAUCACUACAUUUGAAAUGAUAAUGGCUGACUGCCCAGAGCUGAAGAAGAUCAACUGGCGCUGUGUGGUGAUCGACGAGGCCCAUCGGCUAAAAAACCGCAACUGUAAACUUCUGGAGGGACUCAAACUCAUGAACCUGGAACAUAAAGUCCUUCUCACAGGAACCCCUUUGCAGAACUCUGUUGAGGAACUCUUCAGUCUGCUUAACUUUCUGGAACCCUCACAGUUCCCUUCUGAGAGCACUUUCCUGGAGGAGUUUGGAGACCUGAAGACAGAAGAGCAGGUAAAGAAACUGCAAGCCAUUCUGAAGCCCAUGAUGCUGAGGAGACUGAAGGAUGACGUGGAGAAAAAUCUGGCUCCUAAACAGGAGACAAUCAUUGAAGUGGAGCUCACUAAUAUUCAGAAGAAAUACUACCGCGCCAUUCUGGAGAAAAACUUUGCCUUUCUUGCCAAGGGAGCAAACCAGCACAACAUGCCCAACCUCAUCAACACAAUGAUGGAGCUUCGCAAGUGCUGCAAUCACCCGUACCUCAUUACAGGUGCUGAAGAAAAGAUCCUUGAGAGCUUUAAGAAAACCUACAGUUCUGAUGCUGCAGAUUUUCAGCUGCAGGCUAUGAUCCAGGCUGCUGGUAAACUAGUGCUUAUUGACAAGUUGCUGCCCAAACUGCUGGCCGGAGGACAUAAAGUGCUGGUGUUUUCCCAGAUGGUCCGGUGCCUGGAUAUACUGGAGGACUACCUCAUUCAGAGGCGGUAUACAUACGAGCGUAUUGAUGGGAGAGUUCGAGGGAAUCUACGGCAGGCCGCCAUCGAUCGCUUUAGUAAGGUAGACUCUGACCGCUUCGUGUUCCUCCUCUGUACACGAGCAGGAGGUCUGGGCAUCAACCUCACCGCCGCUGACACCUGUAUUAUAUUUGACUCUGACUGGAACCCGCAGAACGACUUGCAGGCUCAAGCUCGCUGCCACCGGAUCGGUCAAAGCAAAGCAGUGAAAGUAUAUCGCCUUAUUACACGAAACUCAUAUGAGAGGGAGAUGUUUGACAAGGCCAGUCUGAAACUGGGAUUGGACAAGGCUGUUCUGCAGGACAUCAACCGCAAGGGCAGUCUCAAUGGGGUUCAGCAGCUCUCUAAGUUGGAGGUGGAAGAUCUUCUCAGGAAGGGAGCGUACGGUGCACUUAUGGAUGAGGAAGAUGAGGGCUCUAAAUUUUGCGAAGAGGAUAUUGAUCAGAUCCUGCAGCGACGCACACAGACCAUCACAAUCCAGUCUGAGGGGAAGGGAUCAACUUUUGCCAAGGCUAGCUUUGUGUCUUCGGGGAACCGUACAGACAUCUCUCUGGAUGAUCCAAACUUCUGGCAGAAGUGGGCCAAGAUUGCUGAACUGGAAAUUGACUCUAAAGCAGAAAAGGAGAGUCUGGUGAUAGACACCCCUCGCGUAAGGAAGCAGACGCGUCACUAUAACUCAUUUGAGGAUGAUGAACUGAUGGAGUUCUCUGAACUGGACAGUGACUCUGAAGAACGACCCUGUCGCACAAGACGUCUCAGUGAUCGCAACAGACGCUACCUCCGAGCGGAGUGCUUCAGAGUGGAGAAAAACCUUCUCAUUUUCGGGUGGGGUCGCUGGAAGGAUAUUCUCAAUCAUGGGCGUUUUAAAUGGCACCUGUCGGAGCGAGACAUGGAGGUGCUGUGCAGGGCACUUCUGGUGUACUGUGUUCGCCAUUAUAAGGGAGACGACAAAAUUAAGAGCUUCAUUUGGGAUCUGAUCACACCUACUAAAGACGGACACAAUCAAGCACUACAAAACCACUCAGGUCUGUCUGCUCCUGUGCCUCGGGGUCGUAAAGGCAAGAAGCUGAAGAACCAGUUGAGUCCCCCAGAGCUGAAGAAUGCAGACUGGCUGGUCCACUGUAACCCAGAGGUUGUGCUUCAGGAUGACAGCUACAAGAAACACCUCAAACAACACUGCAACAAGGUGCUACUGAGGGUGCGGAUGCUAUACUAUCUGAAGGUGGAAGUGCUGGGGGAGGCUGCGAAUCAGGCUCUUGAAGGGAUCCCAGCCAGUAAACUGGAGGUAACCCUGCCUGAUAUUGACUACAUUGAGAUCCCUACAAUAUGGUGGGAUGCUGAAGCGGAUAAAUCGCUGCUUAUUGGAGUUCACAAACAUGGGUAUGAGCGGUAUAAUGCCAUGCGUGCAGACCCUGCUCUGUGUUUCCUGGAGCGAGUGGGUAUGCCUGAUGUCACUGCAUUGACGGUAGAGCAAAGUGGAGCAGAAACUGCUUUAGAUGCACCUGAUAGUAUCAGCAAGAGUGAUGAAAUCAAAGAGGAGAACGAUAUUAAGUCUGAGGAAUUAGAAGAGAAAGUAGAGAUCAAGGAGGAACCCAUGUCAGAGGAAACAGGGAAAAAUGAUAAUACAAUGACAGGGGGUUUUAUAGGAUCUCUCGCAGCAGACCUUGUUGCAGAAGUGAUGGAGCAGGGACGGAUACAGUGGCCAGCAGGCUCGGCUCUUACAGCACGACUCCGGCGCCUCAUUACUGCCUAUCAGCGUUAUACACGCCGUGAGCCGCUUCGUCAUGAUUUCCUCUUACACGAGGGAAUUGCACCUGUGGCUUGGCAAAUAGGAGAGUUUAGGCACUGCACUACUGAACCUGAUCCGCUCUUUUUGGAGUGGCAACGAAGGUGGACACGUCGAGAGCAGGCUGACUUCUAUCGCACCGUGUCGUCGUUUGGAGUAGUGUAUGACCCAGAGAAGAAGACCUUUGACUGGAGUCAGUUCCGUGCCCUUGCUCGAUUAGAGAGAAAGACGGACGAAAGCUUGGAGAGAUAUUUCCACAGCUUUGUUUCAAUGUGUCGAACCGCAUGUAGACUGCCGCCCAGAAAAGAUGAAGGUAAUGUGGAUACAUCACUGUUUGUGGAGCCCAUUACAGAAGAGCGAGCUGCCCGAACAUUAUAUCGUAUCGAGCUUUUGAGAAAGGUCCGUGAGCAAGUAUUGCGCCACCUGCUCCUGGAGGCACGACUGCUGCUUUGUCGCCCUAGUCUGUACUUGCCUGUCUGGUGGGAGUGUGGCAAACAUGACCGUGAUCUUCUCAUUGGGGUUGCUAAGCAUGGCUUGAGUCGAACAGACUUCUACAUCCUCAAUGACCCCCAAUUAUCCUUCCUGGAGGCCCACCGGAACUAUGUUCAUAAAGAAAACCACAGAUAUCCUGUCCCGGGCUUGCCCCACCACCAUUGCUGCUUGUAUGAUGCCAACCUUGGGCAUUGUCAGUCCCCACAACCUCCAGAGUAUCACCCCACACCUUCACACCACACACCAACACAACUCGUCAAUACUCAUGGGCAUCGCCAGCCCACAGAAGUGGUGGCAUCAGAGUCUGGGAAUUCCCUAGAAAUAGGUGCAGGAAACAGGGAAGGAUUUUUGGAUUGCCCUCCAUUGGAUGACUCUCUAGAGUUGGGGUCUUUACAACAUGAAGGCUUGACAUCAGACACACUACAUAUCAAGUCUGGUAAAGAGGCCUUCAAUGGAUUCCCAUUCAAUUCUGCAACUGGUGGACAGAAUAUGCUAAAUUCAUAUGGGGUCCAAGGGGAGCUAAAUGGGUCUCAAGGAGACAUGGCAGACUCCAUAGCUGGGAAACUUCGCAGCGAUGUUCUGGUGGGAGAGCAAGGGUCUUCGGAGGAGACUGGCUUAAUGGCUCCUUCUAUGGAACUAGAUGAACUUCAAGCUCCAUGGGAAAGCUCGGACCAUGCUGAAGCCUCUGACAUGUUCAACGAGACUGAUCCCAUCUUGGGAGCGCAAACUUUGGAACCCAGCUUUCUCGAUGCUCCUCAACCAGAAGAUGGACGUGAGGGUGAUGAAACGCUCACCGACUGUUUGAGCAUGCCAAGUUCGGACUCGCAAAGCAACCCUGUUGAACCACUGGCACCGAGCUUCAUGUUGUUCAAAGACCUCAAUGUUGGAGAGACUUCUGUGGAUCAGACAGAUCUAUCAGCCAGUCUUCCAGAAUAUGUUUCACCACCACCACCUCUUGGACUCCCGGAUGUGAGUCUUGACCAGACAGAUCCCAUUAGUGAGGAGCAAGAAGAUAGGCUUAGUGAUUCUAACAUCACACAUGGUGUUCCCAGUCCAGAAGAAGGAGCUGAAAGCUUAGGGUUUCAAGAUCUUUCCCCAGACAGCCCAAUGACAAUGGAUACUCAAGAUGAGAUUCCUUCAAUAGCAUCUCCAAGAGAAAAUUGUCUCGAGGAAUCCCAGAAAGGGGACUACAAGGUGCCAUUUGACGAUUCCAAUGGGGAUUUUAAAGAUCCUUGUGAAGUGGCCUUGAAUGAACUUUACAAAAAGCCUCUAACAGAGCCACAAAAAGUGCCUUUAGAGGAGUCUUACGAUUUGACUUGUGACGAGACCCUGCAGGAACCUUGUGAUGGGUUUCAGCAAGACACAACAGAACAGCAGUUGGUGGAAGAACCCUGCAAAGAACCACCAGAGCUAAUAGGAGAGUGCAAUAUAACUAACACUAAUCUCCCAACAGACUACCCUAUUCCACCUUCACUCCCGUCAUCUCCUACUACCUUACCUGACACCUCUGAAUCCCUGAGCCUUGAAGGAGUCCCAAAACAAGAGCUCCUCAUGGAUCCAGUGGUGUCAGAUGUGAAGCCUGAGCCAGAUAGCACUACACAGACCCCUCACCUUGAGCAGACUGAGGUUUUGGAAGUAAAGGAAAAGAUAAAUGAUGAAGGUGCAAAGGCGCCAGCACUACUGGGAGAUGUUGAUGGACCACGCUUUGCAUUGCCCAUGUGUGAGAUGGUAGACAGUGUCCAUGAAAUAAGGGAACCAACCAUUGCUCAGCUUCUACAAGAGAAAGCUCUCUUCUCCUUCUCAGAGUGGCCUAAGGACAGAGUGAUCAUCAACCGUAUUGACAGUAUCUGCCACACUAUCUUAAAGGGGAAGUGGCCUUCCUCUAGUCAGCAGUACGAGUCUCCCACCUCAUUGGCUAACACCUGUGUGCCCAGCAGUGCCCACCAGAGGGCAGGGUUUCUGUCUACCAGAAUGCCUAUUUCUCAGAGCCUUAACUUUAACCUCCCACACGCAGUACCACACUUAGCAAAGGAGCGGUUAGUGGCCCCAGCAUUUCUUUCAGAGCUCAAACGUCCAAGACGUAGUUUUGAAUUUGAGGCAGAAGUCCUUGCCAAACCAAGCCAUCUUGGAGAAAAGAUCCAGGUUGGCUUGCCUCAUCGUGCUAAUGCUCUCCUCCUUAAUGGCUGGCAGGAUGCCGCUAUUGACCUCUCCAAACCAACAGAGCUAACAGUUGGAGGAGACAGUGGGCCAACUGGUCAGAUGAGCCACACUGUCCAGUCAGUGCCUCAUAAAAUAACUGGGAUAGGCUCCAUACAAGGCUCACUGGGAUUGGAUAUGGCUGGCAUUUUGCAGGCUGGCCUGAUUCACCCAGUCACGGGGCAGAUUGUCAACGGCGGUCUUCGUCGUGAUGAUUCAAUGUUGAGACGGAGGAGAGGACGGAGAAGAAAUAUUGAGACUCCUGAUCUCAGCUUUAUAAAGGGACGAAGCGUGGACUUGCCUGAAAAGCAGAGCGGGUCAGAGAGUAUCAGCCACCCUGUUGUGUCCUCCACAUCCUCCCAGUCAGAAGGCCCUACAGCCACCCCGACUACACAUUCUCCUCACCCUCCAGCAUCCUCUCCAGCUCCUCCUCCAGCCUCGGAGGCCACAAAUGUGAGCUUGGACAGGGAAACAGCCAAUAAAGGCCUAAUCGAAUGGCUAAGACAAAACCCCAACUACAACAUGGAGCUUUCUGCUUUUCCGUCUCAGAAUGCAAGCAUGUUGCACAGUUUCUUGGAGCGCCCGAAGCAGAGAAGGCAUCGCUGCAAAGACCCAACCAAGCUCAAUGUCAACUCACUGACUGGGGAGGAGAGAGUCCCAGUAGUGCACAGAAACACAGGCCGCAGGCUUGGAGGUGCUAUGGCUCCAGCCAUUAAAGAGCUCUCCCGGUGGCUGGAUGCAAACUCUGAAUACUAUGUGGCUCCUGAUUGGGCAGAUGUGGUGAAGCACUCGGGUUUUCUGCCGGAGGUCAAAUUCACACGCAUCCUCUCUGAACCUGUGUGUCGCUAUCCCGGUCCACAUAGGAGAGGCAGACGACCCCGCAGCGAGAUGCCCAAAGCCCCCGAGCUCCCUGCUGGCAUGGGUCCGCUCUUCAUGAACGGUGGGCUCAUUGGCAGCAUGGAUCUGGUUAGCUUACCCAAUCUCCGCAAUGUCCCUGGCAUCUCGCUAACUGGAAUCAUGGGCUUUCCUCACGGUUUUGCCACUGCUCUACCAUCAGGAGAAGACGCCAAGAAUGGACUCAGCAUGCUGCCCAUGAUGCUUCACGGCAUGGCGGCCGUGCAGCCGUCCAUGUACAGCGCUCACAUGAGUGGAAUGAUGAAUCAACCACUGUCCACUGCAACGUCCACUGCAACUGCAUCCUCCACUACAGCGAGCGUGACUCUUACAAACUCUGCAACUAUAACCUCAACCUCCAAUCCGGCGGAUAGUUUGGAUUCUGCACUUCAGCAUGAUAACGCAAGCUCUCCGAUGAGCAUGGAGAAUGGGAAUAGGGAGGACAUAAAACAAGGGGAAGAGAAGAAAGUUUCUGCUUCAGUGUCUACAGCUGCGGCCACUAGCAGUAGUAGUAGCAGCAUCACAAGCACCGGUAGCCAUUUGACCUUUAACCCUUUUCUGAUCCCAGGAAUGUCACAUAGUCUGUUGUAUCCUCACAUGUUCUUGCCACCGGGCAGUAUAAUGGCACUGCCCGCCAUGACUGUAGCAGACAGCACGGGCAGCCCCAAGAGGAAGAGGAAGAAGGUUAGGGAGGAAGGACCAGAGGAGGGAAGCAGCAGUGUUGGUGUGCAUAUAGAUGGUGUGGAACUGAAGGAGUUUAAAGACAAACAGACACCCGAACAAAAGAGCCAAGAGGGCGAAAUGGAAGAAGGCAGACCUGAUGUAGAUUUAGCUCAGGUCAAAGAUCCUUCUGAGGAUAGAAGAACUGAGGAAAAAGACAAAAAUGAGAUGGGAGAGGAACCUGAGCCAAGUGCUCAAGGCUCGUGUGACAGUGAAGCCUAGAAUGCAUCCUCACAUUUUGGCCGCAGUACUUUUAUGUGUGUCGUGUCGGUAAAAGUUUGUGUAUAGAACUUUGAUUAUCAACGUAUUGUUUAUAGACCUGCCCUUGUAAUUUCACUGACAUCUACUCUUCCUUCUGGGUGUGUGACACUUGAAGCAUGCAAACACUCGGAGGACUUCAAUCCUGAAAAAGGGACAACAUCAUCAUUGUUGUUAGCUUGUUCCUUUUGCAUAAUGAGAACGGCUACUCAAACGUUUCUGUCUAUUGACGGAGAACGCUCUUAAUGACCCCAGCGUUUUUCCCUUUUCAUAAGGUGUUAUUAACUAGCAUCUUUCACAGAUUCUCAGAAAGCGGUAGGAUGUUGGAAUUGUGCAAAAAAACUUACAGCAGUCUCACUUCAUAAUCAUGUUUCAGAUCACGCUCUUAUAGUUGCAUAAGACCUAGGUUCAUGUUUUGAAACAUUUCUCAGAGUAAUGUAAAAAAAAAAAAAAAAACACUCGUCCCAUUGGUAGAUUACCAGCAGAGCUGCAUCUGAUACAGUCUCGAUGGACCACAGUAUUUUGUUCUUAGUUGCUUGCUGCUAUGUAUUCAUUUUAGUGAAGAUUUUAACCUAAAUCCUUAACAAAGCUAUAGGUGGCAUGAGUGCAACAAUGGUGAGUGCAAUGGAAACUCAAAUAGAGCAAGGCUUGAAAUUGAUGGCAAAGAACAAUCCUGAGAUUGAUUUAUCUUUUGUUUUGUUUGUCAUAUUGUUUUUGAUGUCAUUUCCACAUGUUUGCUUUGGUAAGAUGCCCCCUUGGAAUACUACUAAUCAUUUAUAGAGAUGGCUAUAUAUACACUUAGAGGUGCUGCAUAUUCAAUGGCAAAGGUUUAGUGCUGUAGAUGAGACUCUGUUCUAAAUAGUAUUGGUGCAGGGGCUUAUAAUACAAGUCUGAUGCAAAACAGGUGGUGGAACAUUGUGAGACUUAUGUCAUUCAAACAUGUUUGACAUUCUUCCGUGGAGCACAAAAGCGGCAUGCUCCCAUUAAGAAGUGGCUAUCAAGCUUCAUAAAUGGCCAUGAAACCACUCCAUACGACUAUUUUCUGCAAAAUAAUCUUUGAAAACCAAAGUUUGAAAUCCCAUGGUCAUUGUGGAUUUGUUAUGUGGGGAAGAGCAGCAUAAACAUUCUUUAAAACGUAUCCUUUCGUGUUCCACUGAAGUAAAGCAAGUCAUACAAGUUUGAGGGUGAGUAAAUUAUGCCAGAGAGUUGAGUUUUGGGUGAAAUAUUCCUUCACCCAAAAUAAGACAAAAAUAUCUUUGCAAAUCACCAUUUUUUUUUUUUUUUGCCUUGACUAAAGCCCUUUGGUUGAUGGGGUUGAAAGAAAGAUGUCAGACUGACUCGUUCUCCUCAUGGGUUACAUUGCUCUUAUUUUCUAUGGUGCAUUUAAAAAAUACUGUAGAGUAAGACAUGAAAAUCUAUCUAGCUGUUUAUUGCCGUUACUAUUGUUUACAAGCACACAAUGUUAUUUUUUUCCCUUGCCAGUAUGUCUCAUAUUGGGAGGGUGUUUAAAAUAAUCAGCACUAGUGUUUCUUUUAUUUGAAAUAAUUUACACCAGUUGAUAACCAGAUAAUUUAACUUGUUUUCUCCCCCAGUCUCAACAGGGUCUCUCUUUUGUGGGAGUAUUCAUUUUCCACCUUUUCAUCUUUUUUUUUUUUUUAUGUGAAAACAUUUUUGCACAGUCUUUUUGGUGAAUGUUUACCUGUAAUUGUGUUCCGUCUUGUUUGUUUGUGUGUGUUCGUGUGGAUGCAUGCGCACACUUGCACGUCACUUCCUGUACAUUUUGACCUAUGUAAACCUGUACUGUAAAUUUCUUGUCUAAACAACAACAACAAAAAAUCAUGUUCACCUUCAACAAAACAUAAUGUUGUUGCCUUGUCACACUAUUUGUGACACCAAGAUGUAAUUUAUUAUGCUCUUAUUUCUUUUUACUUUGCCAAAUUCACCAAAUAGGACAUUUCCCCAUUCUCAUCGCAUCUAUUUUAUUGUGUUCACUUUGCAAUGCCUUAUUUAGCGGUUUAUAUAUGGAUGUUUGUUACAUCUUUAUGUUGGAAAAUAUAUAUCAAAGUACUUGUGUACAGUGUCAACGUUUUGGGAAGCAGUCUCAGUCAUACUAGUUCAAAUCUAGUUGUACAGAUACUGGCCUUGUAGAUUUUUUUUUUUUUUUGUGUAAAACUUCAAAUCAUAAAACCUUUGAAAUAACGUAAUCCGUUUCCACUCUCAUCCAAAACAGUAUUGCAAAGCACAAAGUCUUAACUUUCAAAACUGUUUCGUUGUUAGUCUGAAAGCUUACCUCAGAUCUUUCUCUAUUGUCCUUACACUGCUUUCUGAGUAACAUCUGGUGAACAAAAACCCACAGACCUCAUCUAGACAUCUGGAUGAUUAUGCUAUCCUUACUUUUGACGUUUUGAUCAGUUCGUAACUCCAUUAAAGGCCUUCAACAUUUCAGGAGAAUAACAGCCAGUAUAUGUACAUCUGGAGAGUUCAGACUGUUAGACUGAGAAUGCUGCGUUGCUGGUUGUAAGUGUAUUGAUUUUAUAAAUGUACUGUUUGUUGGAAAUGUACAGUUUGAAAACACAACACUGUUAUUGGAAACUUAAAAACACUCCAGUUUAAUCAAGUUAUUUGAAUAGAAAGUCUCCCUGGCGCAAUAUCUGGGCUCAUCAGUGAAUAUAUAUUAAAUUCUGUGUCCUAGUAACAUUGCUUUUAUCUUUCUGCUAGCUGAAACAGUUUGGUUUUUCAUCCAGAAGCCUGAUCAAUUUAAAAUUCUACCUGUAUUUAUUGUUUUACUGUCUCCGCAUUGUCUCUGUGCAAUUGCAACAUGUACAUAAAAUUGAUGUCUCCAGGUUUUGGAUCUUUUCCUAUAUGGGAUGUCUACACUGAUCUAUUUUACUUUCCAUAAAAGGUGAACUGUUCUGAAAAUGGUAAUGUUGACUCAAUUUGUGUGUAUAAACACAUCUCUGGAUAGUUGCUCCCAGAUACUCUUGAAAGAAAAAAAAAGCCUUCCCAUUGGCCCCUUCCUCCAUGUUUUUUGAUGGAUUGAUCAAAAGAAGAUGAUUGUAGUAGCUUUGCGUAGUUCAUUUCCGAUGGGAAAUGAGAAUUGGUAAAUUUGUGGUACCAUGUGCCAGUGUCAUUUUGAUCAGACUCACCAUUGAAUAUGUUAUUGUCAGUGUUUGCAUGUCAGGACCUGCUAAAAGACCAGUCACCAUGUCUGAGGCAGAGCAACGUUCCAUAUUUCAAAGUGAAUGCAAGUCAUGCUUCUAUGGAGUGUUUCUUAUAACAGCUAUGUAGCCAGACAGAAUAAAAGCAAAACUGCGCUUGUGUUGGAGGUUCUGUUCCUCUAGAUCUUGUAGAAUAACGUUGACUUUAUUUGAUCUAAUGGUCAGUGUUCAUUACAAGGAAGUACUUUAAGUUUGUAGUUACAUUGAAGCAAGUGCACUCUAUUGGGAUGAUCACUCGACAAAAAGUGAGCUUAUACUCUUGGUAUGAAAUCUGCAGCAGUGCUGAGAGUCAUGGGUGUUAUUAUUAUUAUUUUUUUUUGGGGGGGGGGGAUAUUUUCUUUGUUUGUUUUUUUUUUUUUUGUUCCAGUUCUCCUGUACACGGAUGUGGACCAAUCAUAUAAUUCAAACCAUGGUUUGUGAUCUUUUAUUGUGCAAUAAAAGGUUACUUUGAA